AUGACGGAUCAACCUGAUUCCCAGCUCGAAGUCCCAAUUAACAGCCAGGGACGGCUUGUUCCCGAUCUCAAGUCACAUCAGCCGACCUAUAUUGAACCUUGGAAGGUUCUUUGCUCUUUGUUCGACUCCGCUGGCGCGGCCCGCUCCGACCGUUUCCAGGAACCCGGUCACUGGUGGGCCGGCCGCGGGCAAAUAACCGGCAUGAGCAGCUGGAGGUGGGCCUUUUCUUCCCCCUUUUCAAUCUUGAAAUUUACAGGUCUUGUCCCUCCCGAUAGCCCUAAUGACGAGACCGAAUAG